CAUGAACAUACAUAAACCAGUCGAACUUAAAUUCACUUCUGAAGUUUUGCUGUCUGUUUCAGAUAUUGGAUGACUCGUGUGCUCUUCAUUCACUGGCCAAUGCAAAGGAAAAGCGCUUCUGAUGUCCCAGUGUCAGAGCGUGAAAGUGCGGCCCACUUCCGGUCACAUAUUGCUCUGAGGGGGCGGCGUUUGAGUUUUAUCAGUGUGACCCAGCUGUGUUUGAUGCUGCAGUCUUAACGCUCCUUCAGACUGAUACUGACCCACAGACACGCUGGUGACGCUGAUAAACGUAAAAAUCUCCGUCUAUUCAGUUUAGUACUCCAUACUUAUCUGGCACUGAAAACAUCCGGAUGUGACUGCAUGUAUUGUUCUGAUGAAGAGCAGGAACAUGACGGUGAUUUGUCAUCUGUCUGCAGUGUGUGUGUGUGUGUGUGUGUGUGUUCUGGCAUGCGGUGUGUUGCGCUCGUGUUGAAGGUGGUGCUGUCAGUGCUGGGCAGUGAGAUGAUCGUGGCUCAGCUCUGGUGUCCGGAGGUGUGCUCCUGCGCGGCCGGCGUGGUGGACUGCAGUAAACGUGGCCUCACCACGGCCAGCCUGCCCUCGUCCUUCCCUCCACACACCACCGCACUCCAGCUGAACGACAACCACCUGACGGCUCUGCCCCACGGCCUGCUGGACUCGCUGCCAGCCCUGCACCGGGCCGCGCUCCACGGAAACCCGUGGUCAUGUGACUGCGGCAUCCUUUAUCUGAGAGGAUGGCUGCUGAAACAGAGCAACCCUGCUUCCAUACAGAACGCCAGCUGCAGUUCUCCUGCUCACCUGCGGGGGCGCCUGCUCGUGUUUCUGUCCGAGCAGGAGCUGCUGGACUCCUGUCGUUACUGGCUGUGUAAUCUGGCUCUGGCCUCUCAGAUCAGCCUCUUCAUCUUCAUCACUGUGCAGGUGCUCCUGCUGGCCUCUGUCAUCCUCUUCCUCCUGCGGUUUGAGCUGCUCAGCCGAGAGGUGCGGCACGACGCAGAGUAAUGAAUGCGUCAUGUUAAAAGACAGGAGCCUUUAGGACGAGACGGUCACAAACCAGAGCAAAACAAACAACUGUGUUCAGUUUCAUUUAUCAUAUUACAUUUUCCUUUUAAAGUUAUCUGCUUUUUAAUGCUUUUUUGCAUACAUUUUCCAGGCAUGCAAUAAAAAUGCUGCAUGCAGUUUAGACAACCAAUGGUAAUGUUUACUGUAAAAAUCAUCCUAAUUGGGGAAAAUAAGGAAUAAAUGCCUUUCUUUUGUACUUUCUUUGCAAAAAAUUACCCUCUUUUGUAAACUUGAUCCAAUGGUCACAAUGAAUUAAAAACAAUUUUGGUGCAUAUUUACAGGUGCAUGUGUAUGUGUUCUUGUUAUUCAUAUCCUUUUCUUUUUAUUGCUUCAAUAAAAACAAAAACACACAAA